GCAUUCCUCGUUAUCAUCAUGAUCAUUUUUGGCUCAACUGGUAAUUUAUUAGUCCUCAUGGUCGUAGCCAGGUGUCCGACUUUGAAAAAAUCAUACAACACUUUCAUUGCAUCUCUAUCAGCCACAGAUCUGCUUUUUAAUAUUUCCAUCAUGCCAUUCUACGCCGAUAGUUUUUAUCACAGGAGAUGGCGCUUCAGCAAGGGUCUUUGCAUGUUUCACGCCUUCUUCGGCACUGUUCUGAUCAUGUGUUCCAGCUUGCACAUUGCCCUCAUCGCAAUAAACCGCUACUUUCUUGUUGUGCACAUGUCGAUCUAUCCCAGAGUGUCUAGAAUACGAAUCCUCAUCCUUCAGAUCGUCAUCGUCUGGUUGAUAUCCAUCGCGUCUGUCAUCCCUGGAGCCGUCGGAUGGCAUGCGGUAGUUAGGUACACCGAUCAAAUUUCUCGCUGCACGUACGUUAGAUCAGAGUCAAAAGAAUCUUUAGACAUUGUCUUCUCCAUGGGUUUUGUGCUGCCCAGUUUUGUCGUUUUCAUCUGCUACGGGUUGAUUUGGUGCAAGAGUAAAGGUAGCAGGAAGAAGUUGAAAUUGUACAAACAUCCAUCGCAGGCGGAACCAUACGCACCAUCUAGGAAAAGGCGGCCAUCACAAAAACGAAACACAAGGAAGCAUUCCAUGAAAAUCAUCGUCGUCAUAUUCAUAUCAUUCCUUUUCACUUAUCUGCCGUACUCUAUCAUCAAUCUGGCCGACGAAAGAGGUGAACUGAAUAGAAUUUGGUACAUGUCGACGUCUUUAUUUUUCUGGGCGGGAUCCUGUUUGAAUCCCUACAUCUAUGGAAUCAUGAAUGAACAGUUCAGAAACGCUUAU